UUACUGAAAUAAAAAUUGUAUACGUUAUUUACAUUUUUUCUACACCCAAUUUUCAAUUUUCUACUUUUUUCUUACCCCCAAAAAGUAAAAUCGCCAAAACUUCAAACAAUGCAAAACGGCAAAAAUGAAAUAGUGAAUGUUUGGUGUGAUGGAUGUUAUGACAUGGUGCAUUUCGGUCAUGCAAAUUCAUUACGUCAAGCAAAAGCACUCGGUGAUCGAUUAAUUGUUGGUGUGCAUACAGAUGAGGAAAUUGCAAAACAUAAAGGACCGCCGGUUUUUACGGAAGAGGAACGCUAUAAAAUGGUACGAGGUAUUAAAUGGGUGGAUGAGGUUGUAGAAGGUGCACCGUACGUUACAACGUUAGAAACAUUAGAUAAAUAUAACUGUCAAUUUUGUGUGCAUGGAGAUGAUAUUACCGUUACCGCAGAUGGUGUUGAUACUUAUCAUCUUGUAAAAGCCGCUGGUCGAUAUAAAGAAGUGAAACGAACCCAAGGUGUAUCAACGACAGACUUAGUUGGUCGAAUGUUACUAUUAACACGAUCACAUUUUCGACAUGGCGAUAAAGAAUACGAUGUAGAAAAGCAUGGAUCAUCUGUUGCAUCGAAAGUGGACGAAAAAUCACCGUGGACAGGAAGUUCACAAUUUUUACCAACAUCCAGGAAAAUUGUACAAUUCUCUGAUGGAAAAUCCCCACGUCCAAAUGAUCGUAUUGUUUAUGUAGAUGGUGCAUUUGAUUUGUUUCAUGUAGGACAUUUAGAUUUUCUUGAAAAGGCACGAGCGGAAGGUGAUUAUUUAAUUGUUGGUUUACAUACGGAUCCAGUUGUGAAUCGUUACAAGGAAAGUAAUUAUCCAAUUAUGAAUCUCCAUGAACGAGUUCUUAGUGUCUUAGCGUGUAAGUAUGUAUCAGAAGUAGUAAUUGGUGCCCCAUACAAAAUCACAAAAAAUCUACUAGACCAUUUCAACGUACACAUUGUAUGUCAUGGUGCAACACCAAUACCUCCUGCCGAAGAUGGUUCAUCCCCCUAUUCAGUACCACAAGAUUUAGAUAAAUUUAAAAUAAUCCAUUCUGGGAAUACAAUGACCACAGAGAAAAUUGUCGAACGAAUCAUCUUACAUAGACUAGAAUUCGAAUCACGUAACCAGAAAAAAGAGAAAAAGGAAAUCGCCGCUUAUGAAGCAUUUCAAAAAACCAAAGCAAUGAAUGGUAACACUGAUAUUGUUUUAGAAUUAUAAUUUACUUAAAACCAACACAUCUCUCCCCCAUCUUUUUUUUAUUUAUUUUUUAAUAUAUUUUUUAAAUGUGUACAUAUUACAGGAUGUUUUAGGAUUGUUGAUCCUGAUUUUUAAUUAAAAACGUGCAAUUUAUUUCUGAAUGAUCUAAUGGAUCCUAAAACAUCUUGUACAUAUCUAUUAUCUAUACAUAUAUAUAUAUACAUAUAUUUUUUAAAGUGUUUUAUAUUUUAUUAGACUUAGAAGAAAACCCAAAACUUAUGUACAAUUUUUUUUUUAAACAUAAAAUUUUUCUUGUUUUUGUUAAAUUUGUUUAUAUUUUGACUUGAAGCACGAGUUAUUUUGAUGUAAGAUGGCGCAAAAGUAAUCAUCCCAUUUUGUUUGCGUUGAAAAUUACGAACGUUAACGUUAUGCAGAAUGGAGAUUUUAAAUGUGCGAUAAUUUUAUUAGAAUACACAACGGAUUCCACGAUAUUACUUAUUUGCUGACAUUACACAUAGAAAUUAUCCCAAUUUGUUGUUUCAUUUAUAUUGAUGAAACCGACCGAUUGUUUCUUUCAAACGUUGAAACGAUUUUUGCACAUUGUUGAGAAAAAAUCAAGAACCUCAGGAGGGUGAUUACGUUUGCGCACAAAAUUAUUGGAAGUUGCUUUAUACCAAAAUAAAAGCCAUCCAAACUACGGUAGAUUGGAAAUAAUAAAACGAUAAACAUCUAAACUUGCAUCAAGAACUACUUAUCGAAUUUGUGUUUCUGCUAUUUUCGAUUUCUCUAUUUUAAAUUUAAAUUUUACAAUAAAAAUAGAUUAUCAUUUUAACUCGAAUAUUUGCUAAUCGUUUGGUAUAAAGAAACCUGUGAGUGACGGAAAUGUCAGCUGAAUGACGCAUGUUAUCCAAUCAUAUAUUACGCACUUGUUAUGGGACUUUAAUGCUAAGGAAAACUCUAUCUAGGCGAUAGAAAAAAAAACUAUAUAUGUUAGCUCGCAUAAUAACAUUAAAAUAUUUGUUUUUAUUAUAAAUUGGGUGGCAAUGUCGUUUAAAUUUCGUUGUAGUGAAUCAAUUUGGAAAUCUUCAAAAACUAUAAGUACCGUUUUAAGCUUUCGUAGUGAUUUUUCCAAAGAUAUUGUAACAUAAAUUAUUUGUACUUACAUAUGUCUUUUCAUUCAAUGAGAAAAUCAACCGAGUUUAACAAAUAUGGUUUACAUUUUUUUUAACUUGUGACUCGGAUAUCUUACUGUUAAAAUCUCAUAGCUUGAAGCACUCACAAACGAUAGGACAACCAGUAAAUGCCAGGUCGAAGGUCGAAAAUGAUGAUGCAUAAAAAAUAUGUUUUUUUUUAUAAACGUCAAAAAAUAUUCAAAUUAGUUAAGCUAGAGUCAAUAGUGGCUUCUAAAUUAAACUACUUAUGCAUCGUUUUUAACUGAUAGUUUAAAAUAACAUUUUGUAUAUAACAAAUGAAAGGCUUUAAAAUGGCUAAUUUGCACUAGCAGUAAAAAGAAUCAUAGCGCAAAUAAGAUUUUCUACUUAAAAAAAUGAAGUGAUAAUAUAAAAACUAUUUUUACAAAAAUUAAUCUAUGUUCGCCUAUUUUUUAAAAAUAAUUUGUUGUUUAUUUCAAAAUUUUAGGUAUUGAAUAAUUAGUAAGAAAUCUAGAACUUCAUUGCAUUAGAGAAACUGAAAAGGUUUUUUAGAGGAUCAAUAUUGUAAGUUACUGAGGAAGGUGUCUAAAAAAGUUGACGAAACCAGUGUUAGCAUUCACCACAUUUGUAUCGUACAAAACACAUAAUAAGUGUCGUACGUUUGAGUGUCAUACGACCCUCACGAUAGGUCAUCAUUCCACGAUAAUUCAAUAAA